GCCCGGCUGCCGCCGCUGCCGCCCCGGCCCCGCCCGUGCCCGCGCCGGGACAUGGACUCCGACUCCUGCGCUUCGCCGUUUGCCCCGGAGGACUUCUCCCCCGGCUCCCGGCGGCACCGCACCGUGGAGGACUUCAAUAAGUUCUGCACCUUCGUCUUGGCCUACGCCGGCUACAUCCCGUACCCGCAGGAGGAAACGCCGCUGAGGAACAGCCCCAGCCCUCCCAACAGUACCGGAGGCACGAUUGACAGCGAUAGCUGGGAUCCCCGCUUCAAUGACACCCCCUCCUCUGUCUCCCUGCCCACCAAGAACAGAAAGAACUUUAGUCAGCUUAAGCGGGCAAAACCGUAUGGUUCCCUGUUCCAGCGGGCAAAGGCCAACAACUUCCUGCCAGAGAGAAAGCAAAUCGAUAAGAUCAGGAAGAAGAAAAAGCUGAAAAGGAGGGAAACAGAGGUGUCUGCAGAGGAGGACUAUGAGGAGAAGCUGCUGGACCUGGAGGCAGAGGACUCUUACGCAGAGACGCCGAUGAGCCCCUCGUCAGAGGGGGACCCUCAGUCUGUGACUGAGCACUGCUCGGUGUGGGACUCUGACACCCCGUCCAGCGUCUCCUACCCCGCUGUGACGGCCGAGCAGACGGUGGAGAUCCAGAGUGUGGGCAAGCGAACGGUCAUUCGGCAGGGCAAGCAGGUGGUCUUUCGGGAUGAGGAUGGCACUGGUGACGACGAGGACAUCAUGGUGGAUUCAGAUGACGACUCGUGGGACCUGGUCACUUGCUUCUGCAUGAAGCCUUUCGCUGGGCGGCCCAUGAUCGAGUGCAACGAGUGCCACACUUGGAUCCACCUCUCGUGCGCCAAAAUCCGCAAGUCGAACGUCCCAGAGAUCUACAUCUGCCAGAAGUGCCGGGACUCCAAGUUUGACAUUCGCCGCUCGAACCGCUCCCGGACGGGCUCGCGCAGGCGCUUUCUGGACUAGGGGGGAGGCACGUGC